AUGCCACCGCCCAAAGAACACAAGAGGAUAUGGGGCCUGUCGCGGGAAACCUUUGUAGCCGUCAUGGCAGGCCUAGCCGUCUUUGUCAUAGGUCUGCUAGCCACCGUUCUCGCCGUCACCCUCGGAUCCUGGGGAUCUUCAAGCACUUCAUCAACUGUCAGCACGGGCGUCCUAAGCGACUCCAAACUAGCCGCUCUCAAUUGGACCGACUAUUCAGGUGUUGACCACACCGCCGUUGCCUACCAGCACAAAUCCAACGCCAUCAUGAUCUCGACGCGGAAUUCGCUCACAGGAAUAUGGACCAAUGUAAACGUCACCGAGAGCGUCAUGAACGCCACUAAGUCGACCGGUCUGGACGUACUUCCCGGCACGCCGCUCGCUUACGCGACUAACAAAGGGCUGUGGAACUUGUACUACCUGACAUCGGACAACGCGGUCGCAGAGCUCUACUCGACCAACCCCUUGACGGGCCAGUGGCUGAUGGGUGAAUUUGGCGCCAGGACGGGAGCUCAAGCAGUCGCUGGCUCCCGUCUCGGUGCUGUCUGGCAAAGCUGCCAGAACUGUUCCAACUCGCUUCUCGUCAUUUGGCAGAAAGAAAACGGCCAAGUUCAGCUAGCCAACUACACCAAUAUGGCCUGGGAGCUUAGAGAUGUCAUUGCAGAGUCUGCUCCGCCGGGGACUGGCAUGGCCAUUUCGGCGUUUACGGACAGCAGGGGAACAGGCGAGUUCGGGACCGACACGAAUUCGCUGCGGGCUUACGUCGCGGAUGGGUCGAAUUUGAUGGAAAAUCAGAACGGCCCCGACACAGAUUUCACGUGGGACCUUGGAAACUCUGCCCAGCCAAUCAGCUCCGGACUCUCGGUAACCCCCUGUCCCGAAGUGGUGUCCAUUACGUAUGGCGAGAACGGCUGGGACAACAAUCUCGUCACCUACCUUUCCGCCGACGGUGACCUGGUCUCGAACAUAUGGCGCGGCAGCGCGUGGGACGUCCAAGCACCAGUACUGGCAGGCGCGCCGGAAGGUGUCGACACCUUCUCGUCGAUAGCGACCACGCAGCAGAUGAGGACGUUUGCGCUGGCCAAUGGUGUGAUCCACGAGUACACCACCACGGCGGCGAAUCCGUUUACUUGGUUGUGGGUGGGAAAGGUGGUGACGGAGGAUUGA